ACAACUUUAUCAAAAGGGGUAAUAUUAUCUGUGAAGAAGUCAGAGUGUUUUGUUAUUUUUUUUUUUUUACUUUUGGAUAUUUUUUCUGGACUUAUCAACCAAUGUGGCUUCUUGGAUCAACUACCCAAGUAAUGAUGAUGGAUGAGCGCAUGUCUCCCUCCGCACGCUGCGUCCAGAACCCGGGGAGCAACCCGUCUACGGUCCACAGCAUAGAGGCUAUACUGGGAUUUAAAGAAGACACCAUAUUCCACAAGUCAGCCUCCUAUAACGUGAUGGAAAGAGUCCAGGUCAAAGACGCUGAGCGCAACGGGAAUGGAAUAGUGAGCCAAACGAAGAAAAACCAUUACUCGGAAAGUUGUGACAGUGUGUGUUGUGGCAGCAGCACCGGCGAAGCCUCCGUGUGCCCGGACUCACCGGACAGAGACGGCAAACUGUCCGACGACGAAAGCCACAAGAAGAAGCACCGACGGAACCGGACCACCUUCACCACCUUCCAGCUCCACGAACUAGAGAGAGCUUUCGACAAGUCCCACUACCCGGACGUGUACAGCAGAGAGGAGCUGGCCUUGAAAGUGAACCUGCCCGAGGUCCGGGUGCAGGUUUGGUUCCAAAACCGGCGAGCCAAGUGGCGUCGACAGGAGAAGCUGGAGGUGAGCUCCAUCAAGCUUCAGGACACCCCUUCCUCGUCUUUGCUCUCUUUCAGUCGUUCUCCCACCAGCUCUCUGGGUUCCGGGCUGCAGCUGGAGCCCUGGCUCUCCACCCCGAUCACCACCUCCACUUCGCUGCAGUCGCUCUCGGGCUUCGUCAGCAACUCGCAAGGCCUCCCAGGCACUUACACGCCUUCUCCUCCUCCGCCCAUGCCCUCUUCCUUGCCAUCAUCCUUCCUCAACUCCCCAGCCCUGGGACACAGCUCUCACCUGCCUCACAUCAGCUCUAUGUGCCUGCCGCCCCCGGCAUACCAGUGCUCAGCUGAUCCGAGGAACUCCAGUAUUGCUUCACUGAGGAUGAAGGCUAAGGAGCACAUUCAGUCUAUUGGGAAGACAUGGUGAUGCUGGGUGGACUUUAAGACCCCUGAACACACCAUGAUGAAUCUUUUUGGAGAAAUCUGGCUUCAUUUUCAUGAUGGGAUUGUAUUUUUUUUUUUAAAGACUGACAACUCGAGCUGCCCUUUGGAAUUCAAGACAUCCACAAGUACACUUUGUGGAAAAAUUGUGACACUUUAUGUGAAAUUCCUGUAAAUAUGAAGCCGUCUCUUCUCCUUUGUCUUCACUGUAAAUUGUUUCAUUGUAUCAGCCAGCCCGGGCCGCAUCUCAUCCAGUGUUACUGCCAAUAGAACAAGUACAGAGCCUACUGAAAACUCACCAAUGCCUGUUUAUGCUUCCUCUUGUAAAUGGAUAAAAGGAGCAUUUUAAAUCUUUACUUGUUUCUGAGUCUGAAUCAUAAAAUAAAUGUAUC